UGAACAGCAAUCGGUAAAUUAACCCUUGUAAGACCAGUUCACAUUUAUUAUCGUGACGCCAGUAAAAGAUCUAUUUUUAGCGCGGGAAUUUUCCCGCCAGCUUACAUAACAUCAUCUGCCACAUCCGGUGCAUUUCGGAGAAAAGUGACAACAUUGCUGUUAUCGGCACUUUCCGAGAAGCAGCGACGAGUUGAGUGUUUCGCGUUGACAGUAUUCGCGAAAUAACGUUUAUCAGGCAGGUACUAAAGCGCUAUCAAGGAUGCGCUAAUGAAUUGCAGAGAGGAUGCAGUGCCCUAGCUGUGGGAACACAGACUUGCUUCCUAAGUUUAAGUGUUGUCCAGAAUGCGGUUCUCCUCUUUCACAUGCUCAAAAUGUUCCGCGCAAGAUUGAGCAUGGUGAACACGGAGUCGAAACAACACUACUGCAGCAAAGUGCUGCAUCGACAAGUAAUUACGGUGAUCUUGGACUAGAUAACAGAUCAAUUCAAGGCGAAAACCAGCAGCAGAAUGUUCUAACUGAAGAAAGAAAACAACCAGAUUCCCCAACUGGCCCACAUUCCGGACCAGUAACGCAGUGUAACACAACUGGUUCACAUCCCAGACCAGCACCACAGUCUAAUACAAUUGACCCAUAUCCCGGUCCGGCCCCAGAGCCUAACACAACUGGCUCACAUCCCGGACUUGUACCACAGUCUAACAUUACUGACCCAUAUCCCGGACCAGUGCCACAGCCCGACACAACUGGCUCACAUCCUGGACUGGUACAACAGGUACAUCAGUCUAACACAACUGGUCCACAUCCGGGACUUGUACCGCAGUCAAACACAACUGGCCCACAUCCCGGACCGGUACAACAGUCUAACACAACUGGUCCACAUCCGGGACUUGUACCGCAGUCAAACACAACUGGCCCACAUCCGGGACCGGUACAACAGUCUAACACAACUGGUCCACAUCCGGGACUUGUACUGCAGUCAAACACAACUGGCCCACAUCCGGGACCGGUACAACAGUCUAACAUAACUGGUCCACAUCUCGGACUUAAACCACAUUCAAACACAACUGGCUCACAUCCGGGACCGUUACAACAGUCUAACACAACUGGUCCACAUCCGGGACUUGUACCGCAGUCAAACACAACUGGCUCAUAUCCGGGACCGGUACAACAGUCUAACACAACUGGUCCACAUCCGGGACUUGUACCGCAGUCAAACACAACUGGCUCAUAUCCGGGACCGGUACAACAGUCUAACACAACUGGUCCACAUCCGGGACUUGUACCGCAGUCAAACACAACUGGCCCACAUCCCGGACCGGUACAACAGUCUAACACAAACGGUCUACAUCCGGGACUUUCACUGCAGUCAAACACAACUGGCCCACAUCCUGGACCGGUACAACAAUCUAACACGACUGGUCCACAUCCGGGACUUGUACCGCAGUCAAACACAACUGGCCCACAUCCCGGACCGGUACAACAGUCAAAUACAACUGACCCACAUCCUGGACCUGUAUCACAGUCGUACACAACUAGCCCAUAUCCUGGAUCUAUACCACAGUCUAACGUAACUGACCCAUAUCACGGACCUAGACCAGAGUCUACCACAACUGGCCCACAUCACGGACUUUUAUCACAGCCUGACAAGAACUACGGUUCUGUUACUGUACAUGCUCGACACGAUGAAACGCCAAAUGAGGAAAGAACUUGCUUAUCGGAAAACGAGCAGCGUCCGGAAUGUGCUCCCUCUACACCAUCUGAUCCCACCCACAGCGGAGCUGUUGACUCGAAAGGGACAGUUGAGGCAGGUACUAUUAGUGGUCCGGAAACGCCAACUGAAGAAAGAGCUCAAUCAGCGAUAAACAAUCGGCACCCAGAAUGCACUCCGUCCUCCUUGUCUCAUCAAGGUCCUGAAAAUGCUGCUGAAUUCAAAGGAGCAGCUCUGCCAAAUACAGCCAAUGAAACUACUGGAGGCCAGAAAGAUUUGUCUGAUGCAGUAUCAAGUACCACUCCCCCCUUAGAAGGACAGAGAGAGCCUAUUGUCAACCAGGACCUUAAUGGGGGUAACACAACAAGUGAUACUGUUGUGGUGGAUGCUGAAGCAGUAAGAGACCCUGCCGUUCUUGAGGUAAGCGAGUCUCCUAAUCCUCCCGAAGUAGGGGAUAUGUAUAGUGCGGGGCAAGAAACAACGUCUCGGGAAUUAUCAGAGAAGGAGAGAAAUGCAAGUGAAUGCGCCUCGAGAACAACAAUGGCAUCUACAGAACCGCAACAAAAAACACCGGAGACUCAAGUUCGUUUAGGUUCAAGCUCUGAAAUCAAGGAUAGCAAAACAGAUACUCAAGAUUUGGGUAAACAAUCAAGUGGUCCAGUCACUAGACAGGCUGCAAACAGAGGAAACCAGAAUCAGUCCAAUGCUUCACCAUCAUCUGCAUCUGGACGAAAGGCCGAAACUGUGUCAGAACAUUCUCUAGGCAGUGCCGUAAAUAAUGACGGUGAUAAAGCAAGUAAAGAGGGUAGGAAGGAUGCAGGUGGGACUUGGUAUAGAAAGAGUGAUACUCCAAUUGAAGAAACAUUAGGAGGUCAAAAAGGCAACAAGAAGAAAGGAGGAAAGGGGAAAAGUAAUGCAGGGCAUGAAGCCUCGACAACACAGCCACCUCCAAGUCUCCAACAGGUCAAACCAGAAGCUGGGGUGACUGUGGUAUUUCACGUUUUGCUUUCUUCAAAUUUUAAAACGACGGAGGAAAGUUUUUUUAUUCGGGCACAUGGUGUGGAUUUGGGCGACUUUAGACAGAGUUGUGUUGAUAUGAGAACAGUGGAAAUUGAUGAAAGCCAAGAGAAAGACAAACUGCCUCUUUUUCGUGGUCAGUUCACAUUAAGUCUUGAUCGGGCUCGUAAAGGCACUUUCUACAAGUACGUGGUGGUAAAAAAAGGAACGGUUCACUGGGAAGAGUUACCCGAGUUUCCACCAAAGUACAGCUGCGAUGGUGUUGUCAACCGGUCUCUUAACAUCCCAGGCAACUAUAUUGAACCGGGUGGUAAGUAAAUUUAUUUUUUUCUCAAGCAUCUGAGCGGGCCGGAAUCCUAAAU